AUGAACACAGUUAGGGGACAGAGUGCACGAGCCUGGUCUCACACCACCAAGGACCACCUGCAUAACGAAUGCGGAUAUAUGACCGUUGACCAACAUGGAACGGUCACGUUCAUGACCGCUGGAAAUAACGGCUUUUCGACUUAUGAAGAAGGAACGGUUGUGAAUAAGAAGCUCAGCCUAAGACUGAAGCAGAUCGGUCGCAUUUCUUUCACCAGGGAUUUGCCUGUCGAGGAUCUGGAAAGGAACUUCACUUUGGUGAACCCAAAACGACUAGAGCAGAGUCAGCGAAUGCGGACCGCAACCCACCCGAAGGUCGGACUGUUGGAUCACGUCAUUGUCGUGUACGAAAAACAGAAGUGA